GCAACUUUUUUCUUUGAUAAAAUUUUUUCUUUCAUUUCCUCUUUUUUAUUAUAUAAACGGCAGGCUUUUUUGUUUCUUCACUCCGCUUUUCACCAAAUGUUUUCACUUUCACUAGUUUUUUUUAUUAUUGUCUAGUUUUUUAUAAGCUACAUGUUUUCACAGGCAAGGGCCUAUACACAGUUAAAGUUGUUGCCGCACGCCAUUGUCCCCACCACAGUCGCCGUUCUCGGUACCACCUCGAUCAACACCGCACUAUCCUGACAAGAUAAAACAAAGAAAACCCUCCCAUUUAUAUUGUUUUACUAUUAUUAUUUUUCAAGUCAUGAAGACACUCCUUCUAUCAGCCAAACGACUCAGCGCAAAGCAGCCCAUCAAUCUUCGCCGAGGAGCACUAUUCUCUUCAAACAGCACGGCAAGCCCCCAGCAUCCAGAAACCAAUGCCCCAACCAACCACUUUAGACACCAGCACUCGGAACCUCAAAAUGUUUCGGUUGUUCCCCGACACCAUCGCGAGCGCGAAUUGAUCCUCAGCGUACUCAGCACAGUGCCCAGCCCACGCGAAGCGCGCAAGUUUCUCAACAGCGUCAGCGGCACAGAGACAAUGCGAAGCCAGCGUCAGUUCGAAGAACACCAGGCCAAGCUAGCUGCUACAUCUCCGGAAGCAGCAACAAACGGGCUUGUUCCUGGAGAAAUGCACCUCGGACAGGGGAUGCGCGAGCACCUGCAGCUGAGAGUCGGCGAUGCGGUGCCGCAGAAACUCACGGCUUUGGUGUUUAUCGAUGGGUCGGCAGGGGCAGUGGAAAAUACAGGCAAGCUGUUGGCACAGAUGCAGCGCAUUGGGGUAUCGCCUGUUGUUCUGCUUUCGAGCCAGUCGGCCGAUGCCGCGAGGUAUCGGGAUGUCAUUAGGUGUGCGCAUCGGCUGGCGGAUGCUGUGGAGAGCCAUGGUGGCCGCGCGCGGCCUGUGAACGAGGGCGUGUUCUGCACUGACUCGGCCAGCACCAGCGCUGGCGUGUCCGUGGAUGCUGAGCUUGUGGGAGCAGCCAUUGCGCAGGGUCAGAUCCCCAUCAUCUCGCCCAUAGUUGCCGACAGCGCCCUGCAGCUCCAAGUUCUGGCCGACACUGCUGCUGCGCCCGCAUUGGCCUUUGCGCUGGCGCAAUGCACGUCGUCGCAAAGCGCCAUGCCCGGCAGCCACGGGGCCUUCUCGCUCUUGCUCGCGCGACUCAUUGUGCUGGGCAACUCCGACGGCAUAUCGGCCUUGGACGGCACAUUCCAUCGCUUUGUCAAUUUGCAGGAGGACUACGCGGAGAUCCGCGAAAUGUGCGGACAGCGGAAGUGCUUGGAUCUGAUGCGCACGUGUUUGGGCAUCUUGCCGCCCACGGCCGCGGGCAUUGUUGCGCCGGCCAUUUCUGAUCCGUCGUUGGUUAUUAAGGGGUUGAUCUCGGAGCGUCCUGUUGGGACGCAGCGCCAGGGCAAGCGUAUGGAGAGGGAGCAGGCAAAGGAUUCGCAGCCUCAGGAAUUGAACAACCUUGGCGUGCCUAACUACAAGCCCCUGGCCAGCUACCCGUUCCACUCCACGGCGGCUGCCGUUGGCGGGCCCAGACCCUUGGUUACCGUGCCUUCACCGACGCAGUUCACGCUGCUCCGCCAUGGAUUUUCCAUCCAGCGCCACACUUCGCUGGAUACCGUCGAUCUGCCACGGCUCAGCGUGCUUCUGGAAGCGUCGUUCAAGCGAACACUCGACGCAGCCUCGUACUACGAUCGGCUGCGUAAUAAAACUCCCGGCGGCAUAGAAAUUAUUGUGGCCGGGGACUACCAGGGCGCUGUCAUUGCCACGCAUGAGCAGCUUCCGGGGAUGUCAUCGUAUUUGCCGUAUCUCGAUAAAUUCGCCGUGUUGCCGUCGGUGCAGGGCACGGGGAUGGCGGAUAUUAUGUGGACGCAGCUGAGGAGAGCGUGCCCAAGCUGCAUGUGGCGGUCGAGGAGCGAUAAUGGCGUUAAUAAGUGGUACUUUGAGAGAUCCAGUGGGCAUUGCAGGGCCCGCGCGUCGCAGGGCACGAAGUGGGUGUUUUUCUGGUAUCAGAGUUCGCCCAUGGCUGCUGUUGGAGAUGGAGGAGAGAUGCUGAGAAAUAAGAGGCUGAGCGCGGAGGAGAUCUAUGCUGGCAUCGAGGUUGCUAAUUCUAUCGAGCCUUCUUUUGUCUGACAAGCCACUUUCAAUAUCACAGUAGCAAAAAUACGACAGUGUAUUCUGGAAAAGCAGCAGCAGCACAAAAAACAUUUGUUUUGGUUACAGAGUAACCUGCUGCUAAAUGCUCAUAGAUGUUCCGUGUGUGCUAUCUUUUUCUACUUCUGGCAAAACAUAUUAGCACACUGUUAGUGCACGCUACAUUUUAACGAAAUGUAAAGGAAAGUGCGUAAACACAAUCUCCAAGGUUACCCCCCGCAGGUUGGGGGGGGUGUUUGUUACAGUGAUGUGUUUAGUGGUUACUGUUUUUAAUAUGAAGAUCGGGUAAUUGUUUUUCUGUUUACUUAAUUCCAGUGUGGAGUAAUGUACCGCCGAAAUACUUUAAAUAGGUAUAUUGAAUUCACACGCACGCGCUCGCUCGCUUGCUCGCACGGGUUGUUUUUCUCAGUCAGUUGAUAUAUUGAUUAAGUAUCUAAAUAUAAGAAUUUUGUUUGCCC